UAUCAAUAAUGGGUAUUUGUUUACAAAAAGAAGAUCAAAAUGAAUCGAAUAAAAUUGAAGAUUCAAAAACUGAUUCUAGUACCUAAAUAUCUGGAGAUGUAAAAUAAAUAAAGUUAAAUGAUUAAUUAAAUUUGGUAUGUCUGGAAGAUUUUAUAUCUACAAAGGUUUACUAAUAUAUAAUCUAAAAAAGGUUGUUGGCAGAGGAUCUUUUGGAAAGGUUAUGUUAGUUUAGCAUAAAACGAAUAAAAAAUACUAUGCUAUGAAAAUUCUUAGAAAAGAUAUUAUAUAGUAAAGAGGAUAAUAAAUUCAUACUAUGAAUGAAAGAUUAAUUUUAGAGGCUGUUUAACAUCCAUUUAUAGUUUAAUUACAUUAUGCAUUUCAAACACCAGAAAAAUUAUAUUUAGUUACAGAUUUUUUGGCAGGAGGUAAUUCAUUUUUUUUAAUUUAGGUGAAUUAUUCUAUCAUUUAAGAAAAUCUUAAAAGUUUCCAGAAGAAAGAGUAAAAUUAUAUGCUGCAGAAUUAAUUUUAGCACUUGAUUAUCUUCAUUAAAAAGGAAUUAUAUAUAGAGAUUUAAAACCAGAAAAUAUAUUGAUAGGGAUUGAUGGACAUCUUAAAUUAACAGAUUUUGGUUUAUCUAAAAUUAAUUUAAAGUAAGAAGAAAAAGCUUAUACAUUAUGUGGUACUCCUGAAUAUUUAGCUCCUGAAAUAUUACUUGGAUAAGGACAUGAUUAAUCAGCAGAUUGGUGGAGUCUUGGUGCAUUAAUAUAUGAAAUGAUAGCAGGAGCUCCACCAUUUUAUUCAAAAAAUAAAGAAAUUAUGUUUAAAAAUAGACUUUAAAAGAAAAUUGAGAUUUAACCAUGUUUUUCUGAAAAACUUUUUAAUCUUCUUACAGGAUUAUUAAUUAAUGAUCCUAAUUAAAGAAUAAAUAUUGAUCAAAUCAAAUCUCAUCCUUUUUUUGAAACCUUAUCUUGGGAAGAUGUAUAUCAUAAAAAUAUUUAACCAUAAUUUAUACCAAAAAUUUAAGAUGAAUUAGAUUUAUAAAAUAUCGAUCCACUAUUUACUCAAGAAUAAAUAAAGGAUACUCCUAUUGAUACAUUAAAAGUAAGUACUUAUGAUAAUUUUACAUAUGCCAAUUCAUUAAGAUUUAAAUAAUGA